UGCACCUGACUCUCUCUUCUCUGCUCGAGAAUGUGGCGCAAAGACAACCUCCAAGCAUCAGCUAUUUAUUCAAAGCACCGUCUCCCGCUUAAGACUCUGUGCUCGUGCGGACCUAACGCUGGACGGAUAGCAGUCAUUUCCUUUAAAAGACCCAAGAUACGAUGCCAAGGUCUUUCUUGGUGAAGAAACACCUCACUAACAAGAAGCCUGACUAUGGUGUGUUGGAUUCAAAAACACACGAGGUGAUUCACAUCGAGUCGUCAAGCUCCAAAUUGAAAAUACUUCAUCCCCAUGAGACUCUGUUUCCUGCGCCGUUUCUCGGGAGCUCGGCAUUGAGCCCUGCUCCGCGGAUGAACCCGAUCAAUUCAGGGAUCUGUGUGCCUCCACCCAAGCCGGCCCACCCGAGACCGCCCAUGGACGCCACAUUUCUGGGUAUCGCUUAUCCCUUACCUGUAACGCCCGGUCCCCUUCGAGACAUGCCGCCUGCGCUCCCAAUGCUGGAGUGUGCGAAACCACGGCCGUUUCAGCUGUCCCACAGAGAACCGCAGGACAGUGUCCCCGCGUCGCCUUUAGGACUGAGCACCACUGGCGACAGUCGGGAGCGCAGCGAUGAAUGCUUUGACUGCCAGAAAGCUUUCUUGACCUUAUCUAGUCUGGCCAACCAGAGGCAAAUUCACUGUCAGUGGCAAUGCCAAAAGUACUUUAGCUGCAAGUAUUGCGACAAGGAGUAUGUGAGUCUGGGGGCGCUGAAAAUGCACAUUCGGACACACACGCUGCCGUGCGUGUGUAAACUGUGUGGAAAGGCCUUUUCCAGGCCUUGGCUACUUCAGGGACACAUUCGCACACAUACAGGUGAAAAGCCAUUCUCCUGCCCCCACUGCAGUCGUGCAUUCGCUGACCGCUCAAACCUUCGGGCUCAUUUGCAAACCCACUCCGAGAUCAAGAAAUACCAGUGCAGAAGCUGCUUUAAAACCUUCUCCAGAAUAUCACUCCUGACAAAGCAUGAAGAGGCCGGGUGCUGCCCCAUGUCCUAAUAUGUAGGUCGUGGGUUGUCGGGGUAAGUUAUAGUGCCAAAGUUUGUCAAAUCAAAGUGCCUCACAAACUCAAGAGUCUGGUAUACUGAUACUGUAUGCUCUUUGAAAUAAAUGAACAAACUGUAAUCACAAUAUGCUGUACAAUGUGUGUGACCUUAGAAAGUUGUUACGAUGGUAGCUGUGAUUGGUUUUUCACGUUAUGGUUUUGUAAUAAAGACAUUUCAAAUCAAACAAUAAAAUAAUAUUUUUCUAAUAACGUGUCCUGUGCAGUAUAAUAUCAACAGGUGAAACAGCUUUGAA